AAGGUAGAUUCCUGAGUCAGAUCAACACUGCAGCACUGCACAAGUCUCCGAGCCGUACUUGGGAACUGCCUUCUGCACUAUGCAGCCAGUCUCUGCUGUGCAGUCCUCUCUCUCUCUCUCUCUCUCUCUCAUUCACACAUCACACACACACACACACUUUUGUGAAAUGUGAGGAGUCACCUGAUGUCCGUCAAUGUUGUCUCCUCUUAAAGAGCAGGCAGUAAAACUCUUCCUUCUAUGGAAGAUUAUUCCCUCCCUCUCUCAAAGGAUGGCACGUUAAUUUAAAACCAUCGUCUGUGUAUGGCUGCAGCUUGGGGUGCUAAACUGAACUACUUAUUGCAGCACUGAAGAUCUGAGGGACUUAUUCACCUCCCCAUCAUCUUUUUCUUUCUUUCUCCAAAGCUCAUUCCUUUCCUCUCUUGGAGGAGAGAGCAUCUGUGCUCGUCAGACAAUGCUUUCUCAGAAAUGCUUGGGGUUUCUUUAUUUCACUUUCUAUCUGUGGGCAAACGUGUUAUUCAUCCUCCUUCAAGAUGGCUUGGCAUGCAAAUCUGAAGAAAGGCUGUUUCACAAACUCUUCUCCCAUUACAACCAGUACAUCAGACCUGUGGAAAACGUGUCGGAUCCAGUUACAGUGUAUUUUGAAGUGGCAAUUACACAGCUUGCAAAUGUGGAUGAAGUCAAUCAGAUUAUGGAAACCAAUCUAUGGCUGCGACAUAUUUGGAACGACUACAAACUACGGUGGAAUCCAAUGGAAUACGAAGGGAUUGAGUUUAUCCGCGUGCCAGCGGAUAAAAUAUGGAAACCUGAUAUUGUCUUAUACAACAAUGCCGUUGGAGAUUUCCAGGUCGAAGGGCGGACCAAAGCUCUUCUCAAAUAUGAUGGUACCAUCACAUGGACGCCACCCGCCAUCUUUAAAAGCUCCUGCCCCAUGGAUAUUACCUUCUUCCCCUUCGAUCACCAAAACUGCUCCCUGAAAUUUGGGUCGUGGACUUACGACAAAGCUAAAAUUGACCUUCUAAUUGUUGGCUCCAAAGUAGAUAUGAAUGACCUUUGGGAGAAUAACGAAUGGGAAAUAGUUGAUGCUUCUGGCUAUAAACACGAUAUCAAGUACAACUGCUGUGAGGAGAUCUACACCGACAUCACCUACUCGUUUUAUAUCCGAAGGCUGCCCAUGUUCUACACCAUUAAUCUGAUCAUCCCCUGCCUGUUCAUUUCAUUCCUGACUGUAUUGGUUUUCUACCUUCCAUCGGACUGUGGAGAGAAAGUGACCCUUUGCAUCUCUGUCCUACUUUCUUUGACAGUGUUCCUGUUGGUAAUCACAGAGACAAUCCCCUCUACCUCUCUGGUAAUCCCUCUGGUAGGAGAAUACCUGCUGUUCACCAUGAUAUUCGUGACUCUCUCUAUCGUCGUCACGGUCUUUGUACUGAACAUCCACUACAGGACUCCGAUGACUCACACAAUGCCCAAGUGGGUGAAAACCGUUUUCCUCCGUCUCCUGCCCAAAGUCCUGAUGAUGAAGAGACCCGUCCAGAAACACAUCGAAGCCCAGCCUAAGAAAACCAAGAAAAAUGGUGCCGCUAAAUCCAGCAAGCCAAAGGCCGAUGACCCAGGGGAAGCCAAAGUCUACAGCGAGCACAGAUGCUGCCACUGCGACAAACCCAGCGAACCGUCCACGGGUAAGAAAAGGAGACCAAGCCACCAGUCGGCUAAAUGGGGGGCUGAGCAAGCAGAAUACUCCCCUGAGGUCAAAGAAGUAAUUAGCAGUGUCCAGUUCAUCGCAGAAAACAUGAGGAGUCAGAAUGAGACCAAAGAGGUGGAAGAUGACUGGAAAUACGUUGCCAUGGUAAUUGACAGAGUGUUCCUGUGGGUGUUCAUAAUUCUCUGUGUAUUUGGGACUGCAGGAUUAUUCCUACAGCCCCUGAUAGCAGACACAUAAUUCACUGACUGUUCAAGUUUUGCUCUACGUGUACCUUUCAGUUUUAUAUUCAAGUCGUCCGCCUGCAGUAGAAUGUCUGCUUUCACCUCAGGUCAAAAGAGCAGUGCUUUCUUCUUUAUUUCUAUUGGCUUUCACAUUUUCCACCCUCAGGAAACCUUGUCCACAUUGGCUUACUCAUUGAGGAACCUUUGCACAUCUGCUAUGGAACCCUGGCUUCUAGAGUGUGCAGCUCAUUUAUACCCAUUGAGAACUGAGUGGGCUUAUUGGCCAGCUCAGCAUUCUCCACUGGUGAACAAAGAGUAUGUUCUGGAGCACAUCAACUGCUCCACUUUGGCCACACAUUGCUUCUACACUAUGAAUGAACGGUUCCUGGUAAGCUUCUAGGGAACCUGUUUGAAAAUAUGUCAUUAGGCAACAUGCCUCAUUCUCAUCUAUAAUAAGAAGUAGAUUGGAUUUUUUUUAAAGUGGCUCUUGGUGCAUUGUUUCUUUGAAGAAACUAGUUCAAGGUGAGCCAAACGAGAACCAGCUUGAGCAAGCAUGGCUAUAUGAUUAGGAGAAAAUGUUCCCAGCCAUCCUAUUUCCACAUUUGCAGGCAUUUUUCAAAAUCCAUUGGAGAAUCCAUUGGAGAUGUGUCAUCCAUCCUCCAUGAGAGCUCAUCUGCACUUCCGCUUGUGCCAGUUGACCCCUUCCUUUCCAAAGGAAGAACUGCCCUUUAGUGAUAGAUUGGAACAAAUGGCUAUCUGGAGAAAACCCAAAUUGCUGUUUGCUCUGAUUGAGCGCUAAAGAGCAGUCCCCCCCCCCAGGGGAAAGCAGUGGGACAAGAGGAAAUAUUGAGGAGUCCUAACAAAAUAAAAUAAAGUGUGCUAGUCAGCCUAAGGAAGCUACCCACACAAUAUUAAUUGUUUGAGACUGUUGCCUGUUUUGGAAUCACAUUCUUCUGUGGUUGUAAACAUUGCAAAAUGCUUCUGACUGGCCUAACAGGAUUCUGAGACGCACUAAUGGCAUGAUUCCUCGGAGGCGAAUUAUAACCACGGAGCAAAAACCAGUCACGUCUGUUUAUGAGCUUUUCCUUAAAUGUAUGUCCAUGUGCUCCUUUUUGUUAUGGUUAAACUUGAUAUACAGAAGGAAUUUUAACUUAUUAAUUUAUUACUCUUGCCAAUAUUUUCUGAAUACCCAUUAUAUCAUAUGGAGGAAAGGGGGGAGGCUCAUUCCAAUUUUACAAGCAUUUGGAAGUUCCAAGAGGUGAGUUUGGUUGGUUUUAUUUUAAAUGAAGUCAAUUUCCUGCUGAUGGGAGGAGAGCCCUGAAGACUUACAGAAGCCUGCUAAUUUGCAAACAUGCAAGGAGAGAGUGUUGGAAGGAAGUAGACUCCUAAAGCAAUUGGCAGAACCACUAGUCCUGCAAGCCCCCAAAGAGCAGCACAGCUCAAGGAACCUUCAUCAUCAGCCAAUGGCUGCAAAUCACAGCUCACCUACUCAGGCUUGCUCUUUGUGUGCCCAAAUUCAAGCUAGUUUAUUCUUCCACCAGCAACAUGCAAGCAGUAUAGGUAGACUGUCCAUUACAAGAACAUCUGCAACUCUCAGCUCCCACAAAGGAAACACCACUGAUCAUUUCCGACUCUUAGCAUGCAAACAAAAGAUGGCUGCUUCAACAGCCCCUACAUGUAUAUAUGUCUGUGGGAAAGCAGCCCCACAUUAGCUUGGUCAAUGGCUAGAUUCACCUAUAGGGGCCUAUCUUUAUCCUAUAUCCUUGGGGAAUAUGCAUGAGGAUGUUGUACAGCAGGACUAGACAGAAAGUAGAUUAAGAUCUACUGGCAGAACGGGGGGUGAUUUGCAGUAGGAUGAUAACUUUUUAGAAACUCCCAUUUUUUAAAAAAACAGCAACAGCAAAAAUGUGCCCCCUGCCUCCCCCCCCCCCACACCUUUCAAAAGAAAGAAAGAACAAUGGUUGUUAUCUGGUGUGUAGUAACUCAGAUGUCAAUUCCAUACAUUAUAUAAGAAGGCUAUCCCUCUCAUGGGGUACUGUAGGUAAUAGAAUCAUCCUGUAGGUAAUUCUGCAAUGGCCACUGUCCCCACCUACCACCCUGAGUGGUAGUCAUUAUUUUGUACCUAACUUUAGCUGGCAGAGAGGGACGCAGGUGGCACA